UUGCCCCUCUUCCUUCCGCGUGAACGCGCUCAAGGUGCCAAUGACAUAUCCCUUUUAGUCCUGUGACGGAUCUUGGUUUUUUGAUUCUCUUCUCUCUUAAGCAUGUGUAUAUUCCACUUUAUCCAGAGAAAUCUAAUAGUACAUUCUUCUGUUGAGCAUCAUUCUUCAGUUUCUACAAGCCGACCCUGAUAUUUCGAGCUGUCACUCACCCAUAGCUGGAUGCUCUCUUAGAGUCAACAUUCCGGCAAAGCUGCGAACCAGCUCGUUGGCAUAUCUGAAGGACCCGAAAAUGGCUAACAAAUCAAGCAUUUCCAAAAAAGGUGGAUCUUGGACAAGAGUUGGGAUAUUCAUUUCUCUCUAUGUGUUGCUACUAGAGUCGCUCAUCGAAUGGGUUUUGGUUCUUUAUCUUUACGGGAACAAGCAUGUGGAUUCCAAGAUGACUCCGGGCUUGAUUCUAGCUCUCAUUGCGUCCUUUUUCACCGUACCACUUGUCUCUCUACACAGUCUGCUUGCUUGGCAGUAUCACAAGACUUCUGUCUUCUCAAGUCAAAAGGCUAUCCUGGUCACCGCCUGUACCUAUAUUCUACGGGCGACUGUCAUUAUAUGGCUGGCAGCCAGUGUCGCAGGCCUGGUGGUUGUUUCACAACAGGCUCCAUGUCUCCCUGAUGAUGCCAGUGGGAGCUUUUGGAAAGUUGGAGUCAGCUGUGGCCUUUACAGAGCCUCAGUGAUAGUCUCUGUUCUAUCUUUUGUCACAGUUUGCAUAUAUUUCUGCUCGAGGGAACUGUGCGAUCAUCCCUACGAUAUAUCGCUAUUUAGAGUAUAUAAUCAGCAACAAGCAUCCCGUGACAACAGCAUCUUCUCGAACUCAAGCUGGGAUAGCGAAAACACUAUAAAGAACGAAAUCCUCUGGCUCUGUCGCCGCCCUGAUGCUCCAUAUGACCAACGGGGCUUGUACUGGGCUUCAGGCGAUGAGACCAUUGUGGAAAAACCGGAUGAUAACCCGUGCAUUCAAUAUCCUACCCCAAUUCACCCAAAGCCUCAAUUGAGAAUCAAUACAAAUUUUGCCUCGAAAAAUGCCGAAUUCGUGCGGGGCUCAUCUACCUCUCCCAGUGAGAGAGCGUCUUUGGCAGCCACUAAUUCCAAUCCUAUCUCUCGCACCUCUACGACCCUGACCUCGCGAACCCCCAACGAUUUCAAUUUCCAGGUCCCCUUCAUCGCAGAAUUACCUGCCCCCGAGGUUCCGCCAAUUCCCGCCAAGUUCAGCCACAAGCGAGCCAAAUCCUCUGUAUCCUCGCUCCGGAGAUUUCUUCCCAAGACGUUUCCCUUAUCUCUACCUCUGUCAGCAGAUCCACAGAUCCUCGCCCUUGCCGACCCCAAGAACCACCCCGAUCUCGAGAAACAAGCCGAGAAAGCCUCUGAUCCAAAGAGUAGUCCCUCUCAGCUACCAUCAAUACGGGCUGAUUCUCCACCACUGCCGGUCCCUGUGGUUACAAAAAGUACUCCACUCGAAAGCAAUCCGACAGUACAGCACCUGGAGAACAGUCAACCACGAUUGUCAACCAUCAACUUCGCCGACGCCCCAGAGGUUGUUCCCCCAGGACCACUCAGGGUCCAUAAAGCUAGCACUGCAGACAUAAUCCCAGUCAAUCGCUCCACUCACCACCCGCAUCACCCCAACUACAUGUCUGCUCCACAACCCCAAAUGAUACACCAUCCAGCCCGAGGCCCCAGCUUCAGGACCCCCUCAACCGAGCCUGACAGAAUUAGACGUCACAACACCCGGCCUUACAGUACAGGCAGAAGGCACAGCCAGGCGUACCAGUUUGAGCAGUCUCAAAUCCCCCGCACGCAAAGCCAGUACCACCCUCAUGCUCACUACGGCCGAUACGAGCCUCAACGCAAGAUGGCACCCUACCCGCGUCGAAACGAUGUGGAAAUCAUCUACUCGAGCACACGACGGCCUCGCAGCAGUACAUAUGCUGGUCUCGGAUCCUCUUGUUCUCAUUUGGAUAGCAUCAAAGAGUCGCGGGCGUCUGUCGAUGAAUCCCGGGGACACCACUCGUCCGAGGAUACUGGGAAUCUCAUAAAUGAGCAUACAUAUCGAGGCGUCAACCGGACAAGUAAUUAUGGGUUUUAGGUCAGAUGUGGAAUGGCGAGCAAGGGAACAUGCAUACUCGCAUCAGGAUAGUCUGCCGUUUGUGGUCAGGCAGUGAAAUAAGGGUUUGAUUUGAGCACAUUGUUUUCUUCUUUUCUUUGUCAAAAUAUGAUACCAUGUCAAUUUAUCUAAUGUUGUUAAAUCGAAUAUUAUAUGUGAUAAUGAAAUAAAGUUGAUAGUCCUCAUAUUU